GAGUUGGAAGCAGCUAAUAGAUGGCGACAGUAUCAGUAAAAACCUAGUUAUCAUUUUGUGCAAGGGAGUGGGCAAUCUAUAGUUGUCUUCAUCUAUGGUUUUAUGUUCUAUGGUCUGUGAUUAAACAACAAAAUGUUGAUAAACAAAGAGGCAUUUACUGAUCUCCAGGAAAAAUACCAAAAAGUGAUCAAACUUCUUCUGGAAGACAGCAAAUCAGAUCCGGAGAAUGAACCCUAUUUGUCCAAAUACUCUGCCAAGCAGAUUCUGAUUGGAAUGAAGGCAAACAUAGAGAAUUUACUGAGAAAUCACCCUGCUGAAGGCCCAGAAAAUCUAAAAUUAACUGGUAUGUAUAGUACAGUUUUUCUAUACUUGGGAAUGGUGGCAGUUGAUACAGAAGAGAUAUCGAUCGGGGAAAAGCAUUUGGAGAAGUGCAGAGAAAUAAUUGAGAAAUUAGAAGCCCUUCCCGAAGCAGUUAUGAUUGCUUUGAACAUGUACAAUCAAUUUGGGAUCUUAUGGUCGCAGAGAGAGCCAGAAAAAUCCAAGAUCUACCUUGAAAAAGCUCAGCAGUUGUACACCAGUUUCAAGGCGUCUGGUGAAGCGCCCAUUAAUGUAUCGGAAAUAUUCGAUCCAAAUCUAGAAAAACACGAUGAGGAAUUAGCCUUCAACAAUAUGGAGAAGAUUCAUACAUUGACAUUGUAUUAUUUAGCACAGAUUUUUGGAAAACUGAAAGAAGACUUUAAAAGUGCUGUAUACUGCCAUAUAACUUUGCAGAGGCAGCUCGAAAUGGAUGACUAUGAGCCUAUAGACUGGGCGCUUAAUUCAGCCACACUCUCACAGUUCUUCAUGGAGAAAUGUGGCUUUAAACAAGCUAGGCACCAUUUGGCAGCCAGUUCAUAUAUCCUGAGCAAGUAUAAGAUCGAAGAUCUCAACGCGGCAACAGAUAUCAAUGAGGAAUAUGAAGCCAAACUGGAAACUUUCAAUCACAGACAUGCAGAUGUGGCACGAUGUUGGGUUAAAUAUGGGAUAUUUCUUCUUGGAAAGUCAAAGGACAGACUGCUGGCUCACACCGAAGACAUCGACGAAAAGUGCAGUAUGGUAUCUGAUCUGUCCCGCAUGAAAUUGUCUGGUGAUGCCCAAGUUACCAUCGAGGAUUUGCAGAAUUUAACAUUCCGGGGAAUCGAUGUGGGUUCAUAUGAAAGCCAAAUCACUGACCAAUUCAUUUUGCAAUUCUCUGAUGCAAAAAUAGUGUUUCUGCAGACGCAAGAGUGGAUUAAACUAGCUGAGGAAUACUACACGUUGGAAACGUUGGCUUCAGACUAUAUAGAGAUUGUCCAAGAUCACACUCAGCUGUACUUAAACCUGUUAUUUUUUGAAGAUAAUCCAGACAACCAAGCCAAGCUGCAUAAAAGGCGGAUUGAUUUACUGGAGAACGUAGUCAGUAAAGUGAACCCGCAGUAUUACAUGAACUACUGCAGGCAAAUUUGGUUCGAGCUGGGCCAUUCUUACACUAGCAUUUUAGACAUCAAGUCCGAUAAGUUAAGGGAGAGUAAAGAAAAACCGAAGCCUCAGGCUUUGGCAAAAAUCAACAUUCUAGUCGACAAGUGCAUCACGCACUACACGUCCUUUCAGUCUUCAUUCAAAGUCAACAUUGCGGAGCUAGAGAAAGUGCAGGGCGAUGUGGAGAAGCCUUUUCUGCAAACCUACUUUCGAGUGGCCGCUUUGUAUGGCCGCUACAUCACAAUGGACAGGAAUGUGCAAUUAAAAAACGUGGAACAACAGUAUGAACAUUACAAAUUUUUGACCGACUAUUGCAAGAAACAUCCCAAUGCUGCUGAACUAAUGCCAGUCGAGUUGAACAUCUGCAAAGAAAUGGUCAUGUUGCUGCCAGUUAGAAUGUUAAGAAUGAAAGAACCCACUUUGAAUUCUUAAAUUGAAAAGUUUAAUAUUUAUUGAAUGCUGUAAAGUAAUUCUAAGGGCUUAUAAAGUUUAGUCUUUUGUCCUUUAGUGAAUGUUUUAUCUAGCCGGAUAGUAUACGUAAAAGUUAACGGUU